GUUUAGCCGCCUCAUCUUGGGCGGUUGCGUUGGCUUCUUGGGAUGAUAUCAUCCUAAGGCCAACGAAUCGAGAAACAAAAUGGCUCCUGUACUGGAGAAGAAGCUCCUGAGCGCGCCCGGGGCUGGUGACACCCUGGAAAAUAAUGAAGAAGAAGAAGGACAGAACCUAUGGUCCUCUAUUCUCAGCGAAGUUUCCACCAGGUCCAGUUCCAAGUUGCCAUCUGGGAAAAACAUACUGGUUUUCGGGGAAGAUGGCUCGGGCAAAACGACGAUCAUGGCGAAGCUGCAAGGGAUUGAACAUAUUAAAAAAGGGAGGGGGCUUGAGUAUUUGUACCUGAGUGUCCACGAUGAAGACAGAGACGAUCUAACACGCUGUAAUGUGUGGAUCUUGGAUGGGGACCUCUACCACAAAGGUCUGCUAAAGUUUGCUGUAUCAGCAGACUCGUUAAAGGACACACUGGCCGUGCUGGUGGCCGACAUGUCCCGGCCAUGGACUGUCAUGGAGUCCUUACGCAAGUGGGCCAGCGUCCUGCGCGACCACAUCGACAAGCUCAGGGUCCCACCAGAGGAGAUGAGAGAGAUGGAACAGAAACUCAUGAAGGACUUCCAAGAGUACAUGGAGCCAGAGGAGGCGGUCCAGGGCUCUCCCCAGAGACGGGGCCCCGCGUCUGGGCCCGAGGACGAGGGUGUGCUUCUGCCGCUGGGGGAGAACGUGUUGACGCACAACCUGGGGGUUCCGGUCCUGGUGCUCCUCACGAAGUGUGAUGCCAUCAGCGUCCUGGAGAAGGAGCAUGACUUCCAGGAGGAACACUUUGACUUCAUGCAGUCCCACAUCCGACGGUUCUGCCUGCAGUAUGGCGCCGCUCUGAUUUACACUUCAGUAAAAGAGGAGAAGAAUCUGGAUCUCCUGUAUAAAUACAUCGUGCACAAACUGUAUGACUUCCAGCUGACCACGCCAGCGCUCGUAGUCGAGAAGGACUCUGUCUUCAUUCCGUCGGGGUGGGACAACGAGAAGAAGAUCGCCAUCCUGCACGAGAACUUCACCACGGUAAAAGUGGAGGAUCCCUUCGAGGACUUCAUCACGAAGCCGCCGGUGCGGAAGCUGGUGCAUGACAAGGAGGUGAACGCAGAGGAUGAACAAGUGUUCCUCAUGAAGCAGCAGUCAUUGUUAGCGAAGCAGCCUGCUACACCAACAAGAGCAACUGAAUCCCCUGCGAGAACUGCGUCCGGUUCCCCGCGACCCGCGGGUCGUGCUGGACCCACCAAUGUCGCCAGUGUGUCGCCCAUGACUGCGGUCAAGAAACCAGAUCCCAAUAUGAAAGGGGCUGCGGCCAACGAGGGCGUCCUGGCUAAUUUCUUCAAUAGCCUGCUGAGCAAAAAGACCGGCUCCCCGGGGAGUGCCGGAGCUGGGGCCGGAGCGGGAGCAGCCGUACCCGGCUCAGCCAAAAAAGCAGGGCAGAAGCCAAUUUUGACUGACGUUCAGGCUGAGUUGGACAGAAUGACUCGCAAACCAGACUCCACGGCGACGGCGAACAACUCUCCACCGAAAGAGAACGAGGCAUGAGCACACUCACCUGCAGCACCGUCUGUCGGUUUAAAAAGAGAAAAAAAAUGCACGCAAGACGAAAAAAACAAAACAAACAAAAAAUAUCAACCAAAUUCCCCAUGUGUAUCAGUGUACGGUUUGCAGACCACACUUUCUGUCUGAUAGCAAGGGGAUAAGUGAGGAUGAAGUUAUAGGGGGAAAAUGAAGGCAUUUUUUUUUAAACGUGAGGCACGCCAGAUUACAUUAAAGCUGCACAUUUUCAGGCAGGUAGCCAAAUCUCUCGCGUCUCAGAAGUCAGGUUUAGCUUGGGAAACAUUUCUGCUCUUCCUCACUGUCAUCUGGAGCAGAGAUGAGCUGGGGAUUUAUUUUCCCUCAGCAGGUCUUAUGAAAGAGAGAAUUUAGAUAAAGAGCAAACAAAAAAAAAAGAGCUAAUGUUCAGAAACGCAACUGAACUACUUACAAAAGUAUGUAGUAUGACAAGUAGACUUUAUUAUUUAUAUAUAAAGCCAUCUUUAUUUUCUUUCUCAUUUUCUUUCUCACUAAACCAGUUUAAUGAAAAAUGUUUAGUUGCAUUAACGUUUAACUUAAUUUCCGUCACGACACUAAUUUGACGAUACUUGGCCUGGUAGCUUAUAAGGAUAUACUGUGCUUAAUGCAAAUAGCAGAUCACAGUACUUAAGGCACAUCUGUAAGGAAGCUGUAAAUACAACCAAACUAUUCUGUGUGAGCUUUGAGCCUUCUGUAUAAAGCGCAGUCUUUUUGGGAAGAAAUAACGAUUUUCAGAGAGAAGCUAAAGACCCAUUUCCGGUUCUGGAAGUACAGGUUGCAUUGAAGGCCUUUUUUGUUUGGCUCAACGUGUUAAAGUGUGUGUUAUGGGUCUUACCUACUACUAACUGCAAGUGCCUGGCACAGUAUACUGUCACAAUCUGGUUAGGAGUCCUUAAAGAAACACCUGUAGUUUUUUUAACGUCAAACUGUGGUUUUUGCAUACUCUAUUCCUAACGGGGAUUUCCGGAAGCCUACGGCCUAGACGCCAUGCAUGAAAACAGGUGGUACCCCACCUUCUCGAUUAACGCAGAAGAGCUUUGUUAAGGCCGUUGGUGGCUGGCUCGCUCCUGCGAGCGUUUGGUGGGAUCUGCUCGGGGAAGAUGUACUCAUCUGCUCAGUGUAAAUGGUGGCCAAAUUCUGAAGGGGGGGGGGGGGGGGUUGGUUAUGUAGUUCCAGGUUUUAAGUUCAUACUGCUUAUUUACAGUUCAAUUCCUGUUAUUGUAACUUUUUUGUUAUUUAUUGUUUUUUUUGUUUGUUUUUUUGUUGUUUUUUUUACUUUUUUACGUUUUCUACAAAAACGUUUGGCAUACAGUAUGAAUGCAGUAUGACGUCUCCCCUUUCUGUCACACCGUCACUGCAAAGGUCUGGCCUUGUGCGUGCAGGUGACAGACGAUGGAGAGACUUCUGCUUCAGUGAUCAGCACCUUUAUUUUGCUGUUGCUUUUCUGUUUUCUUUCCCCUGACAUUUUUCUGACUUCUUGUUGUUGGCCUUUACUGUGUCUAGGAGCAGAUGGAUUUUUUUCCCCGUGUCUCUUAAUGUCCUUGAUGGCCACUAUUGUAUCAGAAUUUCACACUAUGAGGUGUCAAAUUUUUAGGAAGUAUUCAGAACCUGCUGAGUUGAAUUUUGAUUUUGUACAGAUUUGUUUACCGGAAUUUUUUGUAUAGACUUGCAAAUCGGUUGUUGAGAGAUCAAUUUAACACUUUAUUUUAUUUUAUUUUUUAUUUUCCUUCCUUUCUCUCCAGACAUUCUAUGUGCCUGGUUGUCAAAACUGUUCAAACACUGAUGCAGCAGCUAAAUGCUUUUUUUUUUUAAAAAAAAGGAUUUCUUAAAGAACAACAUGAAAAAGGAAAAUGUGGAGAAUUAGGACCUGGAACCAAAGAAUCGGAGCGUUUUGAUCUCUGUCCAUUGACCCAUUUAACAGUCUGUUCAGGUGUUAAAUACUCCCUGAUGUACGGUGCCCAUCAUUCCAAAAAGCAACAGCAGUUACUGAAAAAGUAUAAUUAAGCUGCUUUUUUUUUUUUUUUUUUUAGGGAAACUGCAUACGCAGAACUUCUGCAUAAUCUAAACGUGCAUGUUUUUUUUUUGUUUUUUUUUUGGUCUGGUUCAAAUUUACAGAUAGUUAUACUUACCACUGAUAUAUAACCUAGAAUGUCAUUAAUUGGUUUUGAUAAACUCGCAGCUAUUUAUUGGCACAGGGAAGUUUUGGAAAGCUAGGCCUAUUUACAUGUAUACAUUUUGAUAUAAUAAAUUGACAUUUCGAUUGUAACUUAGUCACCAGGCAGAUUUCUGUGAAAGUAAUUAGAGAUUAAAUUAUGCUUCUGAGGCCAUUGGAAGUUUUAGGAAUCUUGAAAAAUACUGGAAAUUCUUAUUUCAAUUAUGAUCCCGUUUCAUUUGAAACUGGUUAAUGCUCCUGGCACUUUUUUUGGCCUGUGUCAGGUGAUUGUGAAUUUUACUCUCAUUGGAGGAGCCACAAAAUUCUGCACCUGGCUGCUAACUGUCAGGAAGCGGGUGAGAGUGACCCCGCACUCAGAAGGCGUGUCAGACUGCGCAGUGCACCCCGGAGGCUGCCCGCUCCCCACCGCAGCACAAUCCAAGCCCCGCCUUGGUGCAAAAAAGGUUCAGAUAUUGCCGCCAGCGUGGUUUCGUCAUCUAGGUAACCUGUUAGAAUCGGGUCAGGCUGCAAAAGUUAAAACUGCUGCUUAAAUUAGUGUGCACUUAAUCUUUUUUUUUUUUUUUAAAUUUGUACAAAACUGGUAUAAGGAACAGUUAAAGUGUUUACCAUGUUGACUGGCUGCUCUGUGCAUCAUAAGCCUGAAGAUAUGCAUUUAGUCUUAGGAGGCAAACACUUCAAAGUUCUGAUCUUUUAUGAAGGAUCUUAAGGUCUUUUUGUCCACAGUUAGGACUGCAUAUCUGUCCUAGACAUGCGUAUAAACUCCUCUGAUGAGGCUUCAUUCUUAUGCAGCCAUGUGGAGUUCUGCUCUUAGCGCUGGCAAAGGUAGGGAAAUAUCUCUCAGUCCUGGCUUCAAUAAAGAAGAAUCCAGACCCCA